GGAGCUCCGGGCUGGCGGAGGGGCAAGUGCUCGCUGCAGCCUCUGUGCAGGGUCCUGGCAGCAGGGGCUCCCCAGGUGAGGAGGAACAGGACCAGAGACCGGGCAGAGCAGCAGGCGCUGGUCCCUCCCUCCCUCCUCCCAGCUGCGCUGCCUCCUCGUUCGGCGCCCCCCACCCCCACCCCCAGCCCCAGCCCAGGCCCUCCCCUGGCCGCUCCCUCCCGACGCUGUUGCCGCUGCCACCACCACCACCGCCGCCGCCGCCGCCACUGCUGCUUCCACCGCCGCCUGGUCGUCCUCACGGGCUGCGCUCCAUCCCCGGGGCUGCUCGGGUGCCCCCUCCCUCCCGUGGGUCCGUCCCUCCUCCCUCUGCCCCCUCCCUCCCGUCCCCUCCCCUCCCUCUUCCCUCUGCCCCCUCCCUCCCUUCUCCCCUCCCUCCCUCCCUCCCUCCUCCCUGCUCCCUCUCUCUCUCUCUCUGCUCGCCGCCCGCCCGGCCGCCCGCCCGCUCUCGCCGGCCCUGGCGACAGAGCUGACGCCGCGGGGGCUCUCGAUGUGACACCAUGACCGGCAUCGCGGCCGCCUCCUUCUUCUCCAAUACAUGCCGCUUCGGGGGCUGCGGGCUGCACUUCCCGAGCCUGGCCGACCUCAUCGAGCACAUCGAGGACAACCACAUCGACACAGAUCCUCGUGUUUUGGAAAAGCAAGAAUUACAGCAGCCAACCUACGUCGCCCUGAGUUACAUUAACAGAUUUAUGACGGAUGCAGCUCGCCGGGAACAAGAAUCUUUGAAGAAGAAAAUUCAGCCCAAACUCUCCUUGACCUUGUCCAGCUCAGUGUCUCGAGGGAAUGUGUCCACUCCGCCUCGCCAUAGCAGUGGAAGCCUUACUCCCCCCGUCACCCCUCCCAUCACCCCCUCCUCUUCCUUUCGCAGCAGCACACCAACAGGCAGCGAAUACGACGAGGAGGAAAUAGACUACGAGGAGUCGGACAGCGACGAGUCCUGGACCACGGAGAGCGCCAUCAGCUCGGAGGCCAUCCUCAGCUCCAUGUGCAUGAACGGAGGGGACGAGAAGCCUUUCGCCUGCCCCGUACCCGGAUGCAAAAAACGCUACAAGAAUGUCAACGGCAUCAAGUACCACGCCAAGAACGGCCACAGAACACAGAUCCGUGUCCGUAAACCCUUCAAAUGCCGUUGCGGGAAGAGUUACAAGACCGCUCAGGGCCUGCGGCACCACACAAUCAACUUCCACCCCCCAGUGUCUGCGGAGAUCAUCAGGAAGAUGCAGCAAUAACCCGCUGGUCCUAACUGUGCCAAGAAAUCCUCACCAGCAGUUGCUGAUUUUGAAAACAGCCACCUUUUGUCAAGGGGAGCGUCAGCAACCCUUUCCAGAAGAGUAAAUGCAUGCUUUACCUUUUUUCUGUAAUUUUGGAAUGUUAUCUUUGUAGAGUUCAUGAUUUUGUACAUUUGCACAUGUAAUCGACCAUACCCACCAUUUUCAUUACUUUGAUAUAAGGUGCUAAAACAGAAAAAAGCUCCAGGCUCUUCAGAACACUUUCCCCAAAACAGUCAAAUCGAGGGCGCGUGGCAUGUGGGUCGAAUCCUACCGCAGUGUUGCCAAGGGGGUGGGGGUGGGGGUGGGGUGGGGAGGAACCUGGCCCUGAGAUUAUUUCAAGAUUGGGAUUGAAGUUUCAACACAUUCACUCAUGUGUGCAGAACCAAAACAUCCCCACUGUCGUCAAGCUGGUUAACAUGCCUUACGGAGGGGAGCUCGGACCCGUGGUGUCGGAAAUAUAAAUAAGAAUGUUUAACCUAAUAUGCUAAAAAUAUUUUCAUACUUAAAUAACAUACAUAAAGGUGUGCUUUCAGUUUUCUAUUUUCUUGCCAAUCUUUGUUUUCCCCUUUGAAAUGCUGAAGAUCUUGCCAUGUGACUGAGCAAACAAUCAUUGUAAUGUUAGAAAUGACUCUUGAGGCGUAUCCCACCCAUCCAUCCAUCCAUCGAGUGCCUACGCGUGCAGGGCAGGGGGCUGGAUGCUCGCUUCGUGCCCGUCGGAUGUUCGAGGACCAAGAUGCAGUGACGUGACCCCCCUCAAUCUGUCUGGAGACUCAGCUCUGCCUUCGCCCUCCGACGGAGUCUUAAAGCACUUUGCAGUUCUCUAUUGCCAACAGAUUUCAUGUUUUAUAUGUUGCCAAUCCUGAAACGACUGCCCUGCCGUGCCUGUGGCUGCCAACGCAGGUGAGAGCUGAGCGCGUUUCCCGGGACCCUCCGGGCCGAGACGAGGCACCGAGCCUUACUGCCGACCAAGCGCUUCCUGUGACGGCGACGGCCCAUCGUAGCAUUCCUGAGCGUUUCCUCGGCCGCAGGACCACCACGCCUGGAGGGUUCUUUUCUCCCAAGUGCUAUUCUUGAAACACGAGUUUACCAGUUGCCUCAUUAUGCAAUAAAAAUGGCUCGGAGACGGCCAACUUCCCACCCAACAAAUUGGUAACAAGCGAGUUUGGGCCGCGAGCGCCAAGGCUCUCGCCCGUGGCCGGUGCCCGAGUGAGGGAAGGUCUUCGACGCGGGGGAAGCAGGCCUUUUCCGUCCUCCCUUCCCAGGACACGUCCUGACCCCUGAAAGGAUGACAGUUCUGUUCGCCAGGUGUGCGCGCCUCUCCUCUCAUCAGCCUCGGGUCCUUCCUGGCGAGGGGUUUCCCCUGACCUCUGAAGGCACGAUGGUGGUUCCGAGCACGCCGUGAGAUCCAGCCGGAAGGAAGCGCCCCGCGGGGCCUCCCUCCUCCCGGGGCCGCGCCUGCGGGCUGGCUCGUGGCUCAGCAGCUGAAGUCAUCCGACAAAAUCAUCAUGCAUGGAGCUUCCUUUCCGCUACGAAAUCAAUUCCAGCGUCUACUUAGCUAUUCAUUGUGACAGUAUUACUGACCAGGUAAGGAUGGGACUAUUUUGUUAUACCGCGUAUGGUGAAUGUAUUGUACUGUGUCUGUGAAAACCGUGCUUUAAAUUAUAUUUUCAUAGGUUUUGUUGGGGGGAAGACCAUUCAGUGACAGAGGUUUGCUGGGACUGAAGGGGACGCGCUGAAGAAUUCCUGUUCAGAAAGCUGCUUACAAAUGUAAAUCAAAUCAUUUAAAAUAAAUGCCUCUGACCCAAA